GUCAAAUUCCAAUGCGAUCAGCGGGUAUUGUCUCUGAAAAGACGUCAGAAGUCUUUCAUCGACCAUUUCAUCGACUUUCUCUCUCCUUGGUGGAGAUGCGGAGAUUUAGGAUUCUGCUCAAUUAUAUAUCAUGUAACGAUCUUCUUUGACAUUUUCUUCGGACCAGACACACUUCCCCUCAAAAUUACUCCUUCGACCUCACGAGCCAUUUAUUGGAUCUAUAGACCAACGUGUGGUCCAAAACUCUUACAGGAGCACUAGCCAACGUUUUUAUGAUCACAGCACAGAUUAAUUUGCCAAUCUUGGGAUCCGCCUCUCCCUUCGGAUGUCUCUCGCUAUCUGGAAUAACGAGCACGGGCCUUACAUCAAUCACGGGCGACAUUGGCGCAGUUAUUAAUCCCCUCAUUGGGAGCUUGAUUAAAGGCUUCUCGCCUCGACUUUGUAGUGGCACUGACGUUAUUUCAGCAGUAGCAGCAGUAGCACUAACAGAUGCAACCGCCGCAUUUACCGCCAUCUCUUCUAUUACAGCUGCAACUAUCCUCUCCGGUGACCUGGGCGGCAUGACUCUUCCACCUGGUGUUUACAAAUUUGCUUCUUCUGCCACACUUAGCACUACUCUGACACUACUUGGGACUGGUUCGUCAAGUGAUGCCUGGUAUUUCCUCAUCGGAUCAACCCCGGUUCUUGCCCCUGGUUCGAAGGUUUUUUUUGGUAGGAGGUGUCUCUUGUAAUGUCUUCUGGCAUGUGGGAAGCUCUGCAACACUCGGUACUGGGUGUUUCAUGGUGGGUAGGAUCCUCGCCGCAAUAUCUAUCACGGUAAAUCAUGGUGCUUCGUGCGAUGGAGGGCUUUUUGCUCUCGGCGGCAGUAUCACUUUGGAUACCAAUCUGAUCUCUGCUGAA